AUGCCAAAGACAGACCUGGAAGACGAAUCGGACCAAAUAAGAUCGCCACGCCAUUCUAGGGCCCAGCGCAAAAACUUGGCGGGAAUGGAUUUGGAUCCCGAAGGCGAAGACGACGAGUACCAUGAAGGGGAAGAAGACUUUGAUGAAACGAACAUAAAAGAAGAGGACGAUGAAGACGAAGAGAUGGAAGAAGAAGACGACGAAGAUGAUGUGCCAGCCAAACCAAGGCGCGGUAGAAAAAGAAAGGCUGCUACAGAGGAGCCAGAAGAGGAUUUGAAUGAAAACGACGAUCACAACGAAGAUAACGAAGAUCCGAACGAAGACGAUACGGAAAUCAAAGAGGAAGGGAAGACAGAAGAGGAGAAAGCGCCAAUCAAAAGAAAGGGUAAAAAGAGAGGAAGAAAGCCCAAGAUUCCGCGGCCAGAAGACGUGUUUUUUGACGAAAAGGGAAACGAGAUCAAAAUCAAGAACGACGAGGUGGUGAUUGAAGACGAGGAUCCCAAAGGGUUGGAGAAAAUCGAUGAAAAUGGCUUUUUGAAAGGCGACAGAAAAUUCCGCAUCAAGACUUUUACUCUUUUGGGCAAGGGAGAUCGUCAAUACAUGGUUUCCACCGAACCAGCGCGUUUGGUGGGAUUUAGAGACUCAUACUUGUUGUUCAAAACCCAUCUAUCGUUGUUCAAGAAAGUGUGUACGCAUGAAGAGAAAAUGGAUUUGAUUCAAAGGCACUUGAUUCCAACUUCUUACAAGGGCCGUUCCGUCAAUUUGGUUACUGCAAGAUCUAUUUUCCGUGAGUUUGGUGCCCGCAUGAUUGUUGGGGGUAAAAAAGUGGUGGAUGAUUUCUGGGAGCAAAAGGCCAUUGACAGAGGAGAUGUUUCUGGCGAAUACGCGGACCCAGAGGAAGCUGCUUCGACCAUGGGAGGCUCCAGUUAUGGUACUGGCGAUCAUAACCCAUACCAAGCACAAGUCACAGGAUCCGCGUUGAUCAAUUAUCAGACUGACCCAACGUGGAUGUAUCAGGUUUCGCUCCAAACAUUGGAGUUCAACAAAACAUUGACGGAGCAAAGAAACCAGGUUUGGCUACGCGGUGUCAAGGACACGUACAGUGGAUUCAACUUUUAUCCCUUGGCCAGUCAGCCAACCAGAUCCCGGCUCGACAAGAUUGCGCCAGCACACGACGAUGAAACGAUCGAAUGCUCCAUCAAGUACUACAAUCCGGAUAUUCGUCGGAAGGUAACGGGCUUGGCCAGUGUGCCCAAAGAGAUUUUCGAUGAUUUGGAGGAUGAGGAGGUGAAGAAGGCCAUUCUUGAGCAACAAGAGUACGAGCGCCGCGCAGAAAAGUUGUAA